AUGUCGAACUAUCACGUUGCCGAUGACGAUGAAGAGGAAUAUAUUGCUCAAGGCACUCAAAACAUGACUCCACAGGAGAGACAAACACAAUAUCUAAACCAAGCCAAAGAUAUUGUCGAUGCCGAGGCUCAUCGUAUGAUCAGAUGUUUGGACAAAAAUAAUCUUGGUGAAGCUUUGGAACAUGCCUCAAAAAUGUUAAGUGAGUUGAGAACAUCUCAUCUCACUCCAAAGAAUUAUUAUAUUUUGUAUAUGCAAACAUUUGAUCACCUAGCUCGUUUGACAGCCUUUUUCCGAGGUGAGGAAAAUAUGCAAGAGCUCUAUGAGCGUGUUCAACACACACCAAGUAUUGUUCCCAGAUUAUAUCUCAUGGCCACUAUCGGAGCAAUAUAUAUCAAGUCAAAACAAGCUCCUGCUAAAGAUAUUCUCAAAGAUCUUGUAGAGAUGUGUAAAGGAGUUCAACAUCCCACUCGUGGCCUCUUCUUGAGAAAUUAUCUGAGUCAAAUCACCAAAGAUAAACUUCCUGACACUGGUGGUGACUAUGAAGGUAUUGGCGGAACUGUUCACGAUUCUAUUGCAUAUGUACUCCAGAAUUUUCAUGAAAUGGUCUUUCUCUUCAGUCGUUUGAAGAAUGAAGGUCCUGUCAAAGAAAGAAGUAAGAGAGAAAAGGAAAGAAUGGAAUUGAGAAUUUUGAUUGGGUUUAAUCUUGUGAGGUUGAGUCAACUGGAUGGAAUCAAAUUAGAUAUUUACAAAAAUGAUGUCUUACCAAAGGUUUUGAACAUUAUUAUCAAAUCCAAUGACCAAAUGGCUCAACAGUAUCUCAUGGAAUGCCUUAUUCAAGUAUUUCCUGACGAGUUCCACCUCGAAACUCUUAAUUUAAUACUUUCAGCUUGCCAAGAACUGCAAUCUGAUGUAGACUUGAAAACAAUUUAUAUUGCUCUUAUGGAUCGUCUUGCAAAUUAUGCUAGACAAUUUCCUGAAAAUAUUCCUCAUCGAGACAGCAGUGAGUCAGGGGUUCAAAAUAUUAUUGACAUUUUCUGUGUUUAUAUUGCAAAGAUCUCUACUGAAAGAAUGGAAAUCGGCGACAUUUUAUCCGUCCAAAUUUCCUUAAUGAAUCUUGCUCUUCAAUCGUAUCCAGAGAAAAUAAGCUAUGUAAAUGAUAUUGUGACAUUUUGCCAUGGCAAAUUGAAGUCAGUUGGUGAUAUUCUUUCAUCCAAUGUUUUGGUAAAGUUGAUUAAGAGACUCCUUCUUGUUGCGAUUGAAUCAUACAAGAACGUUUUGACAAUUUUAAAUUUGGAUCAUUAUGGAGAUAUUUUAUCAUUGUUGUCCUUUAACGACAGAAGAGAAAUUGCUAUUGAGUUGUGUGGAUCUGCCCUCAAACAUAGACAUAAGAUUUCCACACCAGAGCAAGUAGCCAAAUUUUUCGAGCUUAUUAGACCUUUAUUGAAAGAUGAGGACAAUAUGAGCGAUAUUGAGGAGGAAGAGUUUGAAGAUGAUCAAAAUCUGGUUGCACGUCUUGUUCAUCUCUUGUAUAAUGAGGAUACAGAUACACUUUUCAGAGUUUAUUCUACAGCAAGAAAGCACUUUGGUCAAGGAGGUCCAAAGAGAAUAUUAUUCACUCUCACCCCUUUAGUGUUCGCAUACUUACAAUUGGCAAAGAGAAUCAGAAAUCAUCCAGAAAGAGAACAAAAGGUUGUGAAGGAAGAAAAAGUUUUCCAAUAUGUUAUUGAGAUUUUAGACGUUCUCGCUCAUCAACAAUCUGACAUGGCUCUCAGAUUAUAUCUUCAAAGCGCCAUUUGUGCUGAUCAAUGCAAUCUCGAAACACUCGUUUAUGAAUUACUUUCUCAAGCAUUCAUGCUUUAUGAAGAACAAGACAGCAAGAGUCAAUUGGAAUACUUUAUAUUAAUUGUCAAUUCUUUGAGGCAAAUGAAGAACGUUGGAGAAGAGAAUUAUGACACUCUUUCCACAAAGACCUGCCAAUAUUCAUCGAAGCUGUUACGUAAACCAGAUCAAUGCAAGGCAGCAUUCCUAUGCAGUAAUUUAUUUUGGCCCAUGUCACACAAUGAAAAAUUACAAAACAGCGAUAAGGCUCUUGAGUGUAUGAAAUGGUCUUUGAAAAUUGUCAAUUCAUGCAUGGCUGACCAACAAAUACCACUCUUUGUAGAAAUUUUAAACACAUAUCUGCAUCAAUUUUGUAGCGAUAAUGAGAAGGUUACUGUUGAUUAUUUGAAUGGUUUGAUUGAAUUGAUCAAUUCCAACAUUGGAGGAGCUGAAGAAGAAUCAUUUGGUAGCAUGUCCAGUAAUGAUCACACCAGUGAAGCCACCAGAUCAGCUCCAAUCAAGGUUUUCUACAAAAACACUCUCGAGUACAUGAAGACUGUCAAGAAGACAAAUCCAAAACUUGAAGGAGUCAGCAUAUAA